AUGGCGCUGUACUUGAAGAAUUUGCACGAGUUCGUCUCUUCUCUCGAGGUAUUCACUGAGUCCAGCGUGCCGAAACUCUCCUUCAAUCAGUUGGUUGGUGAGGGCAGCACACAAAUACCCCACACACACACCUCGGCACGUCGGAUGCGUUAGCACCCAUCUCGAUCAAUGUGUGGUAUGUGUGUGUCACAGGGGGCUUCCCCAAACCCUCGGAGGUCCCACGAGGGGUCGUCUGCGCAGUGCUGUGUACGAAGGACUCCAACAAAAUCAUCGAGAGAAUCCAUGAGCUGCAGCCACGUGAGUUUCCCUGUUGCAUGAGGGCAAGACCGCCUCACACCUCUGACACAUGAUGGGUAUGUGCCUGUGUGUGUGUGUGUGGUAUGUGUCGAGCAGAGUGGAAAUUGAGGACGCCUUCACCGCCUUGUAAGCCAACACGCACACCUCACUGACACACCACACACACACCUUCCAUGUAUUUGUCUCUGUCUGCCUUGUCAUCCAGUGUCAAGCAGGCUGGUUCGAGCGUUCGUGGUCGUCGGAGGGCCGUCACGAGCGGAGCGUCCCGGCGGUGGAGGGCCGCUUCAUCAGCGAGGCGGGCCUCAGCCGCGAACGCUUCGACUUGAUGUAA